CCUCAGUGGCCGACUAAACAGGGCAUACAUGCCCACUACUGCCACUCCUACGGGCUAACUGCCCACUACUGCUAAAGCUCAGCUCCAUGAAAACGUCUACACGUCGAGCAACCAAGAGAAAACAGAGCAGUUCAAGCAGCACUUCGUCCUCGUCUUGCUCCGGGAGACAAAAAGGGUGGCUUCCCACCGGCGACCACGAUACCUGGCCGGCGUAGGCUGGAGGAGGAACGGCCGUGUAGCUCCCGGCGCCAGUCACGGGUUCGACGGAAUGCCUGGCUCAAGAAGGGCCAAGAAAGCGGCGAUGUCAGGCCAGGAGGACCGGAUCAGCGCCCUGCCGGACGGAGUUAUCCAGCACAUCCUUGGGUUCCUGCCGGCGGAUGAGGCGGUGGAGACGAGCGUCCUCGCCCGGCGCUGGCGUCACCUGUGGCGGUCCAUGCGACGCCUGCGCAUCACCUACAAAGACGACAGGUGGGAGUGUGAUAAUGAUUUUAUCAAGUUCGUGGACGGCCUGCUGCUCCUCCGACACCCCGGUUUGGCUCUUGAUGAGGUCGAGCUCAGAGUGUAUCCAUUCGACCACGAAGAUGGUACAUUCAUCAAGAUUUGGAUCCGGCAUGCUUUGUUCUGCCAAGCUAAGGUGCUCGUUAUCGAUUUCGAUAUUGAUUUCCCCUUCACAUUGGACGCCCCUCUGCUCUCCCAGCAUUUGCGAAGAUUGGAACUUGGUUAUUUGGGCUUGAAGGAGAACUCUCUUGAUUUUGCAAGAUGUCCAGCAUUGGAGGUUCUUGAGAUAACAAACUGCAGAUUAGACACUUGUAGGAUAUUGUCCCAAUCAGUAAAGCACCUGAGAAUCAAGAACUGCGAUUUUUUUAGCCCCAAACGGAUUCGUAUUUCUGCACCUAACCUCGUUUCGCUGCAAAUUUGCUAUUUCGAUGGUAAAGCUCCUUUGCUUGAAAAGAUGGCUUCAUUAGAAACCGCAAUUUUCAGCAUCGACAUCGAGGAUUACUGUGAUAAAAGUGCCUAUGGGGAAUCUUGUGGUGAUUGUCUGAAUUGCUGUAGCAAUAAUGACCAUAACAGCGGCGACCUUCUUGGAGGUUUGUCGAGUGCUACGAAUUUGGAACUAAUUACUUACUCGGGAGCGCUUAUUUUGAGAAGGUGGUGCCCUACAUUUAGUAGGUUGAAGACACUAUUGCUCAAUAUGCCAGGCGAGGAUAAUGACCUUCAUUCACUAGUUUGCAUUCUAGAACGUUCACCAGUUCUUGAGAAGCUGACUCUUCAACUAUCUGAGGAACCGCAAGGGACAGGAGAAUCAGAAGGAAGCUACCAUCCAAUGGAGCAAUUGCCUGCAGUAUCUGAACACCUUAAUACAGUUGAAAUCAAAUGUAAAGAGGUUGAUGAGAGGGUUUGCAAAAUUUUGAAAUUCCUGGGCAGAUUUAUCAAACAUGUUAACAUCAACCUAGCUGGCAAACCGUGAACACGAAUGCAAGGCUGAAGCUCUGUUGCAGAGUUGCUGUAUUUUGUCUCUGGGAAUCAUGUGCUGGUUCGUCAUGUCGUCCACUUUCCGUUAUGCGUGUCUGUUCAGAUAUCUGUACUAAUUAUCCUGCUUUCAGUACAUCUUGUUUAAGCGUAGAUCUGGUUAUAUGACUUGUUUCCUAAUUGCAAACUGGUCUAUUGCAAUUCGUAGCAUUAUUUUCAUAUAGCGCGACUGGAAAAUUGAAAUUAAUGGCUCGCUGCCGUGUGCUUGUGCG